UGAUUCAGUCUCCUGCCUGCCACGGACCACUUCCAUCUCAUUUCUCUUUCGCUUUCUCUUUCUCUUCUUUCCAAUAUAAAAGAGAGAAUUCGACAAAAAAUUAUAUGUGUAAAAGAGAAAAAUAAAAUAAUCCUUCUCCCUCUCACCAUCCCAAAGAAUCCCUCCUUUAAUAAACAACAGGGGAUUUCAAUGUUCUUGUUUCUGCUAAGAUUAUAUUAAAGUUUUGAUUUUUUUUUUCCUGGGAUUAACAAGGGAAAAAAUGUCUGCAAUUAGGAGCAUGAUAAUCCGGUCGAGGUCCCACCGGGUGGUGCAGGACGGGUCGGCAGCGGCUCCGGAGGUGGAUGAGUGGCAUGAAGAGGAUACUUCUUGUUGGGCAAACAUGCCAGAGGAGCUCUUAAGAGAGGUUCUAUUGAGAAUAGAAGCAUCAGAAAGCAGUUGGCCACCCAGAAAAAGCGUGGUUGCUUGUGCUGGUGUCUGCAGGACCUGGAGACAAAUCACUAAAGAAUUAGUCAAAGUCCCUGAAGUUUCCGGCAGGCUUACUUUUCCUAUUUCCGUCAAGCAGCCUGGUCCAAGGGAUUUUCUCCUCCAGUGCUUUAUAAAGCGGUGCCGGUCCACUCAGACAUAUUAUCUUUACCUCAGUUUAACUAAUGCACUUGCUGAUGAUGGAAAGUUCCUUCUUGCUGCACACAAGUGUAGACGCCCCACCUUCACGGACUAUCUCAUUUCUCUAGAUGCUGGCAAUAUGUCGAAGGGGAGUAGCGCCUAUGUUGGGAAGUUAAGAUCAAAUUUUCUGGGAACCAAGUUCACAGUCUUUGAUGGACAGCGACCUCAUGCUGGGGCCAAGAUGACAAAAAGUCGCUCCACUAAGCUAGUAAAUUUGAAACAAAUUUCACCUAGGGUUCCUGCUGGCAGCUAUCCCGUAGCUCACAUCUCAUAUGAACUGAAUGUGUUGGGUUCCAGCAGGGGUCCGAGGAGAAUGCAGUGCAUUAUGGAUGCUAUCCCUUUCACUUCUAUUGAACCUGGUGGAGUGGCUCCCACACAGAUAGAGUUUUCUCAUCACAAUGUGGGUUCAUUUCCAUCACUCCCAUUCUUCCGUUCAAAAUCAAACCAUACAGAUAAUUUUUUAUCAGGACCUUUGCCUAGUGAGAAAGAUGGAGCACUAGUACUUAAAAACAAGGCUCCAAGGUGGCAUGAACAGCUCCACUGUUGGUGUUUGAAUUUCCAUGGUCGAGUAACUGUUGCUUCAGUUAAAAACUUUCAGCUGGUUGCUUCCCCAGAAAAUGGACGUGCUGCUGGUCCAGAACAUGAGAAGGUCAUCCUUCAGUUUGGGAAAGUGGGAAAGGAUUUGUUUACCAUGGAUUACCGAUACCCGAUCUCUGCAUUCCAAGCAUUUGCAAUUUGCAUCAGCAGCUUUGACACCAAGAUUGCUUGUGAAUGACGAAAUGAUCAAACAGGUGCAAAGUUUGAAGAUGAUGGUUCUGAUACAAUAGAAAGAGGCUGCUGCUUGUAAUGUGGGCAAAGGUUGCUUAUGGAGCAUAAUUUUGCCAAGUAAAUGGAAAUUGGAGGCUGCAGCUUUUGAUUCCAUGGCUUUUGAAGUCAAUCAGUUGAAUUGAAAACCGUUAACUUGGAAGCUUCAGAACACUGGAACUUUGUCAUUCGCAGUUCCCUGUAAAUUUUACUUUGUACGUAAUAAUAAUAUUUUUUUAAGUUUAUCUGCAUUUUCAAUGCUGCAAAAAAAAAAAAAAAAAAAAGCAAAACGAAGACUAUAACUAGAAAUGACAGUAGAGGUUUCAGAUUCAUAUA